AGAGGAGGAGAUUCUCCCGCAGCCAAUCCCGUUGGAGUAAAUGAGGCUGAGAGAGCUAGCUAGCUAGCUAGCCUAGCCGCGCAGUAGCAGUGAUGCAGAAAUGCCACACCAGCGGGCACAGCGUCUACUCAGUUAGGCUAGCUUCUUGGCUUUGGAUAUGGUGACUUGCUACUAGCUAGCAAGGACUGUGGGCAUCCUUUUUUUCCCCAAGUAUUUUUCCUCGGGACCCUUUUCUUAAAAUUCCUCACCCAAAAAAGAGAUAAGUGGAGGCGGCCAUCAGCAGUCAGGUUAACACAAGUAUUGGAGUCUUUGAAGUUCUCAGCUUUGAUGCAGAACAAGUGAGAACUUUUCAGUAGUUUUUGUUUUUAAAGAGUCUGACACACAGAGGAGUGGUCUCUGGUGCAAGAUGAAUGAAGAGGUGAUCGUCGUCGCCAAGUUCGACUACAUGGCCCAGCAGGACCAGGAGUUGGACAUCAAGAAAAACGAGCGCCUCUGGCUGCUGGACGACUCCAAAUCCUGGUGGAGGGUCCGAAACGCUACCAACAAAACCGGCUUUGUUCCGUCCAACUACGUGGAGAGGAAAAACAGUGCUAGGAAGGCUUCUAUUGUCAAGAAUCUCAAAGACACACUCGGUAUUGGAAAGGUGAAGGGCAAAAAAGGAGGAAUGAGAGAUUCUGCGUCCAACGCCGAGACCGACUCGAGCAUCGAUAACGGCGAGAGGCUCUACGACCUCAACGUGCCCGCGCUGGUCAAGUUCAGCUACACGGCGGAGCGCGAAGACGAGCUCUCGCUGGUGAAGGGCACGCGGGUGGUGGUGAUGGAGAAGUGCAGCGACGGCUGGUGGCGCGGGAGCUACAGCGGGCGCUCGGGUUGGUUUCCGUCCAACUACGUGACCGAAGACGUGGACGGGACGGCGGGGGGAGGGGUCAUGGGUGGAUUCGGCGACCCCGCCGCCUCGCUGACCGAGAAGCUGGCCGCCGUGGUGAGCAGCACGGCGAACGGGAACAGGGUGCUGCACACGGUGCAGGCGCUCUACCCGUUCAACUCUGGCAACGACGAGGAACUGAACUUUGAAAAGGGGGAGGUCAUGGAGGUGGUGGAGAAACCGGAGAACGACCCGGAGUGGUGGAAGUGCCGGAAAGGAGACGGACAGCUGGGCUUGGUGCCUAAGAACUACGUCACGGUGCUGGACUCCAGCUCCCAUAAAUCCACGGGGCUCGCCGGGCCUCCCACGCCAGACUGCGACUACAUCUCCCCGUCGGGGAGCGGGCGGUUCGCCGGGAAAGAGUGGUACUACGGAAAGGUGACGCGCCACCAGGCGGAAGUGGCCCUGAAUCAGAGAGGCAUAGAGGGAGACUUCCUCAUCCGAGACAGCGAGUCGUCGCCCAACGACUUCUCCAUCUCCUUGAAGGCCCAGAGCAAGAACAAGCAUUUCAAAGUGCAGCUGAAGGACAGCCUUUACUGCAUCGGACAGCGCAAAUUCAACUCUAUGGAAGAGCUUGUGGAACACUACAAAAAAGCCCCCAUCUUCACCAGUGAACAGGGAGACAAACUCUACCUGAUCAAGGCCCUGGCUGCCUCCUGAUCAGGCCCCUCCCACUCAAACUCACACAUACCAAUAGAGAGCGUAUAUAAUACAGCAGAACGCACGCUAACAUUUCAAACUUUAGGCUGAACACAUCAGGAGGACUCGAACGGCCGCUUUGUGAGCAUUCCAAGAGGACACGUGGGAAAAAAAACAAAGACUACGAAUCCCUGAGAAACGACUACAGACCUCUUGGUCGCCUAUUUUAAAUGGCAGUCUCAAACUUUUCAUUUCAUUUAGGUUUUCUUUUUUUAUUAUUAUUGUUAUUUGUUGAUAGCAUAUAAUCUUUUAACAGUGUCUUUAAAAAAAUGUGAUUUUUUUUUUUUUUUUUUUGACUGAACCAUUUCUUAGAUUUCAGCACCUCAGAGCCACGCCCACAGCUCUUGUUUCGUCUGCUUUUUUUUUGUUUUUUUGUGCACACACUAAUUAAUCCACACCUUCUAACCAAUAAGUGACCAAACUAUAUUUAUUGACUUUUCUGUUUCUGAUGGGAACGGGUUUUCAGCUGUUGCUGUAAAAGGCGUGAAUGUUCCAAAGCUGAGGCGGCACGGACGCUCUGGAUUUAGUGUCUCCUCACUGAGUUUCCACCUUUUUUUUAACCCUCGCCCCCAUGUGGAAGACAGCUGAUGCCAGAGAGGAUAUCUGAGCGGGAAGAAAAAAGCCGGGCUCUCCAGAGGAUGAUGUCACUGCUCCUAAAUCACGGCGCAGCAAGGGGAGCGCGGGACUUUGGAGGGUCGCCCAAAGGUUGUGUUGCAUCGACAUCACUCUUCGUAAAGCAAAGACAUUUCCUUAUGGCCGAAUGAAAGAAAAACAAUCCAGCAGAAGGUUUUUUUUUUGUUUUUUUUUAUAUUUGAGUUUCCAUUCAUAUACCGUUGAGCCCCCUCUGCUGGGAGAACGUUUCCCCACAUGAAUACUUCCUCCAGCGAAUGUAGGGUUUGAAUUUUGAAGGGCAGCUAGUCGAUGAUGAUGGCGGUCAUCAUCAUCAUCCUUGCAAUGAGUUCUCCAGCUGUGGCCUUUCAACCAAAUCGGAGGACAGGAAAAUGGUUUUUGGUAAAGCAGAGAAUGAGGAACUAGGGAGAAGACUUGGAUGAGCGUAUCGGGGUCACCACACCCACGUUAGUCAUAUACGGCGCUGGAUGAUGGAAAAUGGGAGGACCUUAACAGAGCUGUUUUUAUCCAAACUAACAAUCAGAUUUCUAUUUAUUUUAAAAAUAGAACCUACACUUUUUCUUAAUUUUAAGGAUGAAUUGGUUCAGUCGAUCAUCCCUUUAACUAGAUGAGAAUUUUUUGCUUAUUUAUUGUUACACCAUUCCUACAGUACGUCUGUGCUAAUGUGUCAAAUGCCCCCCCCCACUUAGAAGGAUUUAGGAGAUUUUCAUGUGCCUUCACAACUUCCUGGCAACCAAAGUUUUCGCGCCCCCGUUUUUAUCCCCGCUUCUGUCAUCGCUGCUAGGAUUUGGUUGAAGCUUUGCAUGUGCGUCGGCCGCUCGAUUGAUUACCGAGCGUUGGGAACACAUCCUUGUAGGACUGAAGUGUUUCCUUUUUUUUGGCUUUCACGUCAGCUGAAAAUGUCUUUUUUUUUUUUUAAAAUAAAAACGCCCUGCUUUUUAGUUUCAAGUGACCUUAUAGCUGAUCGCAUCAUCUAUAACUACUUAAGUGAACAGUGAAUGCCUACGUGUACAGUAUAUGUUAUAGCAAACAUAACCACAGCUGUGAUGUAAUCGUGGCCUGAAUCUCAUGUAUGAGCACCUCAACUUAACUAUGUCACACGUUGAAGAAACGCUCCGUUUCUGUAUGUAAGACUCCACUUUUUUGCAGUUAAGCCACUUAAAUAUAUAUAUAUUAGAAUUCAUAAUAUUGAAACUAUUUUACUGAUGGUCAAAUGGUGACUGGGAUGCUUUUAACGCAAAAUGGGAGGCGGCAUGAGCGGAGCCUCACACCUGUACAGAACUGUUUCAGAAGAAAGUCAGUUGUGACAAAUAUUAUUAAGAUUGUUUAUGAAAAUACGCCCUGUUAGAAAAAAAAAAAAAAAA